GAUCCAAAUAAAAAGAGAAGCCCAAGGCCCUAAAUUCAGAAAGCAGAGAGAAAGAAGCGUAAUGGCAGCAGUGGGUGCACCUCGCGAAGUAGCUGGAAACGAGAACAGCCUCGAGAUCGAUAGUCUUGCUCGCUUUGCUGUUGAUGAACACAACAAGAAACAGAAUGCCCUUCUUGAGUUUAAGAGGGUUAUAAGUGCUAAGCAGCAAGUUGUUGCUGGGACCUUGCACCACAUCACUUUGGAGGCAGCAAGUGGUGAUAGUAAGAAUGUUUAUGAAGCCAAGGUUUGGGAAAAGCCAUGGAUGAACUUCAAGGAGGUUCAGGAGUUCAAGCUUGCUGGUGAUGGCUCCAAUGCUUAACCAGGUUAUUGAAGCUGAUGACUACCUUGGCUACAAGUUGAAAAUAUCAAGAUAUCAAAGCGUGUUAUGUAUAAAAUAAAUGAUACACAUUGACACCUAUUUUACCUCGAUGUAAUAUUUGAAGUCAUAAUUCAUAACAGUGAGCGCGGUGUAUGCAUUUGGCAGCUUA